CAGCUCCCCCUCUCUAUAUCUAUCUGCUUCUUCUCUAUUAGGGUUUGCGCUCACCCAAAAACCAGAUUGUCUCCUCCUCCUCGUCCUCCUUCACAGUUAAGAUAAAGAGAGAUCAUGUCAGAAGAGUUAGAGUACCGCUGUUUUAUUGGCGGCCUUUCAUGGUCUACUUCUGAUAGAGGUUUAAAGGAGACUUUUGAAAAGUUUGGCCAUCUUCUUGAAGCUAAGGUAGUGGUUGAUAAGUUCAGUGGACGCUCUCGUGGAUUUGGGUUUGUCACUUUUGAUGAGAAGAAAGCAAUGGAAGAUGCCAUUGAAGGGAUGAAUGGAAUGGAUUUAGAUGGCCGAACCAUCACUGUUGAUAAAGCCCAGCCUCAGCAAGGUUCAAGUAGGGAUCUUGAUGGUGAUCGCAGCCGUGAUAGGGAUCGUGACCGUGGGCAUGAUCGUGAUAGGAAUCGUGACUAUGGAGGUGGUGGGCGUGGAUCUAACAGUGGAGAGUGCUUUAAGUGUGGCAAGCCUGGGCAUUUUGCUAGGGAGUGUCCAAGUGAAGGGGCAAGAGGUGGCAGGUAUGGUGGCAGAGAUGAGAGGUAUUCUGGUGGCGGCGGCAGUGGUGGUGGCAGUCGCUAUGGCCCUGAUCGGAAUGGAGAUCGAUCUGGUGGGCGUAACAGGGAUGGUGGUAGUCGUGGAGGUCCUGGAGGUGAUCGAUAUAAUCGUGACCGUUCAGGACCCUAUGAGCGUCGUACUUCAGGGUUUCGUUCAGGAUAGAAUGACUUCAUACUUAGGUGAUGAGCUGGUGGUGUUGCUGUUACUGCUUGCAAAGUGUUUAAGUUAAUUAUCAAAGAUGUGCUGUCUCUGUCAUUGUCUUGCUGGAUAAAUCUAGUAGAUCAGUUUUAUCAGGCGUGGAUGUUCGACUGUUUUUGUGUUCCUAAAAUGCUGACUUCUGUCUCUUGGUUUAAUGGACCUUAUGCUUGCUUGUCAUGCACAUUUUAGUUGGGUUUAAUUCUCUUUGAAUGCCACUAUUGCUUCUGAGUUUCCUUAUUUUAUACGUAAGCUCUUGUGAAACCAUUGCCCAAUUUUUCGUUGAUUUUUUGUACAGGAAAUUCAAGUACUGAAGAUAGUUUCAUGUCAAAUUAGCAUUUGGAGAGUACUGAUGAUGUGGGUUCUACUAUUGGGGUCUGCUUCUUGUCACUUCGGGAUUAGUUGCUGUUUUAAAUGGAAAUGACUGUUUGGUUACCCUGUUUUCAUAUCUUAUUAUACAAGAGAGAGGGAUACAUGGCUAUUUAUGGUUCUUUGGGAUACAUGAUUGGGUGUCUUUGUUGCUAACUGGACAGAAUUUUUUAACUUUAUGUUAGAGUCUCUUUUGGGAUGCGGCAAGUGAUCUAGAGUUUAACUAGUUUUCAUGUUCUGCAUGGCAUAUUGGUCCAAGGGUUCGAUUCUCCAUACACGUGUGGCAUUUUGUUUGGAAGCUCUUGAUCAAUUGAAACAGCUGUCCAGUGUUUUUGUUAACUUCCUAAACCUCAUAUUGUUCUUCGAUGGAGGGUUCUUAUUCUCACAUUGUUUCUGCACCUGCUUGCAAUGUCUUGGUUUUCUUUGCUGGAAUCCAGAAAGUUGGCAAAUAUCUUUCAGGUCAGGUUGGGGUUCCUGAAUUCUUUUUCUUUGCUUUGAGGGUGGGAGCAUCAUCAGGUUCUCUAUUGGAGAAUUCUUCCUGUUUCCCUUGUCCUUUGUGAAGCUGUCAGGAAAAUUAUUUUCUGGGUUUGUUCUUUGUAUAUUCUGAAGGUGAUUGAUUAAUCAACCUUCUGUUCUUAAAGCAAUUUGACCUGAUGUUAGA